CGAUGAAAUGUCAGGUGACUGAUGUAAACAAAAGAAGACGACGGGGAGCCAGAGACGAAAACUCUACCAACAUGAAGACAAAUAUGUCGGAAACGAGCAACGGUCCUGCUGAAAAGGAAGAACAGAGGGAGACGAAUGACGAGGAGGACAUGGAAGAAGAAUUGGAAGAAUAUGACGAAGAAGAGUUCUCCAAGCUAAAUGCUGAACUAGAUGCUUUGAACACAGCCUUGGAUGCCAUUGAGGAAAAGAAUGAUUUCAUCAAUGUCCGUUUACGGCAGAUACUGAUGGAGAACAAGUCCAUAAGAGAAGCUGAAGGAUCAGGACAAAAAUGAGUUGCAUAGAAUUUUCUGAGGUCAACAUUUCAUUUAUUUGAAUUUUUUAAGAGACCAUUAUUAUGUGUAUUUUUGUAAAGGAAGAGAGUUAUUGCAUAUUUACAUAUUCCUGUGAAUUACCAGGAACCUUUUGUCUUUGAUUUCAUUGUAUCUUUCAAAAGGUUUCCUCAUAUAAUUUUUUUCUAAUAGUUGUCUGAUAUUUAAAUAGGGAAAGUUGAAUUAGAGGCUAAAUUUUACAUCAUAUGAAAUUAUAUAAGUGCAAGUACAGAGGAUUUAUCCCCCCCCCCC